GUAUUUUCCGAUCCUAAGUCUUUUGAUAGCGGUUUCAUUGUCUAGUUUGGAGACAGUGUGACAAAACAGCAGUUCAGAAAAUGGCAUUAAAACGAAUUAAUAAGGAACUGCAAGACCUGGGCCGUGACCCUCCAGCACAAUGUUCAGCGGGGCCAGUUGGAGAUGAUUUAUUUCAUUGGCAAGCCACAAUUAUGGGACCUCCUGACAGUCCAUAUCAAGGGGGAGUUUUCUUUUUAACAAUCCAUUUUCUUACAGAUUACCCAUUCAAACCUCCUAAGGUUGCGUUUACAACUCGAAUUUACCAUCCUAACAUAAAUAGCAACGGUAGCAUUUGUCUUGAUAUUCUAAGAUCUCAGUGGUCACCUGCAUUAACAAUAUCAAAAGUGUUGCUGUCUAUCUGCUCACUGCUCUGUGAUCCAAAUCCGGAUGAUCCUCUAGUCCCCGAGAUCGCCAGGAUAUACAAGACAGACCGAGAAAAGUACAACGAACUGGCUCGAGAAUGGACGCGUAAAUAUGCCAUGUGAUGAUUCGGCCAUUAAAUCGACACCCACGUUUAUACUAGUUAUCAAAAAAUGUUCCAAAACUUACAAAACAAU